AUCCAAGUAUCAAACCAAGGAGUACAUUUUAUUCGGUGCCCAUUAUUUUUUUUUUGGUUUUUUUUUUCUUAUAUCGAGCAUCGUUUUCUCUGUCCACCCCCAAAAUAAAACCCUAGCUUUCGGCCCCCUCUUCUCUCCGAACGCUAAAUAUCAAAAUCGGACGAGAAUGUCAACGGCGGAAGAAGGCGGAGCAACGGCUAAUGCUAACACAUCUUCUUACGGCGGUGGAGGAGCCGGAGGAAAGCUACGGAAGAAGCCUUUUCGCCGACAGGCGACGCCGUACGACCGCCCUCCCACCGACCUUCGUGUUAGCAGCACUAAUAGCAGCGAUAGCAGCAGCUGGUUGACAAAGCUGGUCGUAGAGCCCGCCUCUAAACUCAUAUCAUAUGGUGCGGACCGCUUCUUCGGUUCUAUCUUUCGUAGACGCCUCCCUCCGCCUCCUCUUCCUCUUCGUCAGCCACCAGAGUCAGAAGCUCAAGAUGGUUUAGCAGAGUCAAAUACCCAAGAUGGUGACAUGUAUAAAGGGAUUGAUCUUAAUAGUCAUAGAGAUUACCGAGAGCCAGGAAGUGGGCAGUGCAUCCAGCCAAUAAAUAGUUCUAGCAGCAACGGAGUCACUGAGCUUGAGCAUUUGUUGAAGCAAAAGACCUUCACAAGAUCUGAGAUUGCUCAUCUGGCAGAACUUUUGCAAUCACGAGCUGCAGAAGUGUCUCCUGGGGAUGUAAGCCGAAUCAAUGUAGUGUCUGCUUUAGAUUCGAGCAGGCAAAAAGAAUUUGCAAGCGGUGCAUUGGAAGAAAACAGAACUGAUGGGGUUGAAUCUUCGGCUGUGAUGUUUACUCCUGUUAACAAUUCAAGAGUGGUUGAGAGUGAUAUUGCUUCUACGGCUGAACUUGCUAAGGCUUACAUGGGAAGUAGGCCUUCACAAGUUUCUCCAUCAUUGCUGGGAAUGAGCAAUCAACUUGGUAAGGAGAGGACAGUGUUGCGUGCUGAUACACUGAAUCCCUCUAGGUCACCUAUUGUGUCACUCGCUAAGAGAAGUUCUGUCAGCAUGAGUGCUGUAGAAAAUGGUUUUAUAACCCCACGAUCUCAAGGCAGAUCGGCUAUCUACACCAUGCCUCGCACCCCAUACUCCAGAGUUCAUCAAACUUCCACACUGAAGGGAAGCGGAAUCAACAGUAGUGGUUUUGCUGGGCCAUCAACAUCAUCGUCAUCCCUUUCUCCACUGGAGAAUGAUGGCAAUUUUGACUCGCAGCUGGGGACCUUAAAGCGUAGAAGUUCAGCAUUGGAUGAUGAAAUCGGCUCUGUUGGUUCUAUGCGCAGAAUCAGACAGAAAUCCAAUUCAUUGAUAUCUAGUAUUCGUCACACUACUCAUGGAGUGGGAGUUGGCUCUCAUGCAAAGCAGAAGCCUCAAAUGAAUGGGGAAGAAAGGAAUAAGGUCUUGAAAAAUAGUGGAGAAAAUGAGAAUGAGAGGGUCUCAAGUACCAGUUAUUUUCAUGUUCCUUCAAAGUCAAAAGAAGUUGCUGCCAAAAUAUUGCAGCAACUUGAAAAGAUCAGCCCAAAGGAAAAAUUGCCAGUGUCAAAGUUAGAAGCAAUGCAGGAGAACUCACCUUCAAAGUUGAUCUCAAAUAGGCUCCCCGGACGGGCUCUGGAUAGCCUUGAGGAUGUAGACUCUUCAAAGUUGAAUGUCCAGGAUGUUCUUAAGUCUGGGGAUCAGACCAAUGGCAUAUUGCCUGAUGUUCACGAGUCUUCUCCCCUAAAGCAAGGGAAAGCAGAAGGGAAUGGCCCUAAUGUUUCAUUUAUUCCUUCUGGCAGAUGGAAUUCUGUUCUUAACAAUGAUGCUGCAGUGUCCUUGAGAACUUCUACUCCUGGCCUUGAACCUGGUGAUUCUGUUGUGAAGAAUGGGACAUCCCAACCUCAAAAGAAGAGAGCUUUUAGGAUGAGUGCAGAAGAGGACACCUUGGAGCUUCCUGAUGUAGAGUGCAAUGGCCUUGCUUCUAGACCUCUAUCUGAGAAUAAAGGCCUUUUUGAGAACUUUCAUGCCAAAACUGCUGGAGAAUCCCAAACCACUUUUCAGUCUAAAGAUAAGUCCUCUAUGGGCUUUCUUAAUUCAAGGAGUACAAGCGAACUUACCUCUGGUGCAGUCACAUUUGGAAAAGGGACUAGUGUCAUUGACAUCCCUGCAUCAGAAGGAGAAAGAGCUGCUUCACAGUCUCAAAUCGUUACUUCAUUGGUUCCUGCAUUUGAUAAACCUAAGGAAGGAAAUAGUUCUCAUUUGUUCAGUUUCAGCUCUAAAGCUACUGAUAAUUCUCCUUCACUGCCUUCUGAAUCUACGAAAAGGGCUAAAUCUCCUGACAGAUCCAGAAGCUUUGCCAAUAAUUCAACAUUGAUUGGCUCUCAAGUCAAAACUGGGAAUUCAGAGACAGGAGUUCAUAUGAAGCCUGUAAAAGAGGUUGAUACUAUUGGAAAUUGUGGUGAUGGUUCUUCUGUAGCAUUAAAUGGGCCAUCUGUUUCAAGAUCUUCUCCUGUAUCAUUUCCUGCAGCUUCUUUUAGUGAUAUGCAUCAGACAUCCACGGGUAGUGCUCCCUUGUUGACCUCUUCGACCAGCACUACUAACGUUCUUCCCACUGGCAGCAGUACCAGCACAACAGUCCCCUCUAGUGGCAGCAUUUUUGGAGAAGCAGUGAAAUCUUCAAGUUCAGGUGGACCUCUUUUCAAAUUUGGUUCCUCCAUAGAUCCGCCAUCUAUAGUGUCAGCAGCACCAACAGCUAGCAUCUCAGAAAGAGCAGAUCAGAGAGCGGAAGUUGACACAAACCUAAGUUCUGGCAGCUCUAGUAGCAUUUUCAAGCUUAGUUCUUCAUUCAGUAAUUCAACUGGAAACAGUCUUCAGAGUUCCCUCUUUGCUAGUGCCACUAAAUCUCCAGUUUUUGGUGCCGGUACCAUCAUGCAAUGCACAUCAGCUGUGUCCGCUCCGUCUGCAUCAGUUCCAGCACUUAAUAUGAAUGUCGGCUCUUCUCUUGGUUCAAUGCCCACUCCAAGCAUCAGUUUUGGUUUUUGUUCUCCGACUUCCACAUCAGACACCACCUCUCUUGUCCCUGCUGGUGGGACAACAUCGAGUUUAUUCAAAUUUGGUGCAACUCCGGCUGCUGUUACAGAAGGAUCUGCUGUUAGCUCCAGUGCUGCAACUCCUAGUGCAUUCAGUUUUGGUUUAAGUUCAUCUUCUCCGACCACAACUGUUUGUUCAAGCAGUGGUCCCACUACAUCAGUAUUUGGUUUUGGUGGCACCUCAGUUUCUUCUGCAACAAUUAAUACAAAUAGCUCUUUCAACAGUAGCACAUCUGGUGUAUUCAGUUUUGGUGAGAAAUCUUCAUUUUCCUCAUCUACAGCUAACUCUACUACUAGUGUGGCUUCUAAUGUGUUUGGUUCCAGUUGGCCAAGCCAAAAAUCUCCACUAUUUGGUUCUCCAUUCUCUUCUGCAUCUCCGUCAUCGGGAUUUUCCUUCUCUGCUUCUGCAAAUGCUGCACCAGCCGGUGCUGCAUCAUCGGGCCCCAUUUCCUCAUUCACUACUGCAUCUGCUUCCCCAUCUCAGCCUGUAUUUGGUGGUGGUUUUACAGCCUCUCCUGGGAAUAAUGAUCAGAUGAAUGCAGAAGACAGCAUGGCUGAGGAUCCAGUGCCAUCAUCUUCACCUACCCCUGUAUUUGGUCAAGCAUCUGUUUCCCCUGUCCCUCCUACCUUUGCGUUUGGAUCGGCUGCCCCAUCACAAAACAGUCCGUUCAUGUUCAGCAGCCAGCAAAAUCAAGUUCCUCUACAGAGUCCUUCAUUCCAGGCAUCAGGCAGCUUCUCAUUGGGCAGCACGGGAGGUGACAAGUCAGGUCGAAGGAUUGUGAAAGUUAAUAGAAGCAAGAAUAGGAAAAAGUGAAGAUGUACAAUGGGGUAUUAAUGUGCGUUGAGCCAGAAGAAGUGAAGAUGUACAACGGGGACACGCCUGUUGGCGUGAGGUUAGUGGUUUGAAUUUCUUUAAAUACUGAGUCAAUACAAUGAGGCGAUCAGCUGCUCUUUGCAAGGCUGCUUUAUAGUAGUAGUAUUUUUUUUGUUCUUCUUGGCAGUUUAGCAAAAUUUUGAUAGGCAAUUUUGGAAAGUUUGUGUCAAUGUGAAGAUGGAUUCCGUUGUACUAAUAGUGGUGGUAAAUUGACAACUAUUGAAAAUAUUUAUAUUCAAUUAAAUGUAGUUGACAAUAUCUAUA